AUGCCUAGCUACUCCAGCCCCGACUAUUCCCACCAGGCCCGCCCCAGCCAGGUGAUCUCCAUCACGGAGAUCAACCAGAUGCGACAGACUCUGAGAAGCCGCCGAGUAAACACUCUCACUGAGCUCCGCCGAAUCGAGAGUGUCCUCACGACGCUCCCCAACUUUACGACCGAGCUCAUCCAUGAGAUAACCGACUCCUGGGGCUACUACGUGAGCUCGAACAACUUUCUGAACGAGCUCCGCGGCCUCACCAGGCAGUAUCCUUUCAGCAACGAGCUCUUGGAGGAUGCCAAGGCACGGGUACUCAACGACCCCAGCAGCAGCAGGUCCUGGAACUUUGCUUGGCUCCUUCUGGCCAAAAUCAAGAAUGAUCAAUUGAUUCCUGUGUACGCACAGAGGGUAGCCUACCAGCCUUCGCAGUGGGGUGGUGUUCACCCCGAUCCCAGGAACGCUGCCGAACUGGCGAAUGUUUUGAGCCAGGAGUGGACCAGAGCUGUGGAACAGCUGCUGAGGCAUUGGCCAACCGCGCCGGCCUGGUAA